AUGGACAAGUCUGUGAAGGCCUGUGUAGAGUUUUACUACGUCUGGAAACGGAUGAACACUCGACGCGAAGUUAAUCGGUAGGCUCCUAGCUUUAUAUGCUCUUGUUCACGUUAACCCACCAUCAUUUUCCUUACUAUCUAUCCGGACCAGUUAGUGAUGCAGUGGGACUCUGUUUUCGACACAUGAACUUCGGUGUGUGGGACCGUUUUUUUGUUGUUACUACAUAAAAUCCCUUAUUUUUUCGCCGACUAGUCAGUCCUAAGUCCUGCCUUAUCUAGUCAGGGGCAGCGUUUCGACUGAAUUCGUGUUGUACGAGUCCGCAUUCAGCUUUCCCUCCAGUGAACGUGAAGACAAGGUUGCUAUCUCCUGGCUUGAUUUCAAUUUCGAAUCGAACAGCGCCUAUUCUCAUUCCCUUUCCUGGCUGCCUUCUUCGUUUACUAAAAAAUGACUGCUGCAUACAGCCCACUGGCCUCGACACUGCUUCUCCGCAUGCAUGCCAGACAGUUGUGAAACGGCGAUCAGGGACUUUCGACGGUUAAGCCACAAUCACUUUACUAGCCCAUUAUGUAUAACUUUAUGACUGACCACAGUCCAACGCCACAAUGGUUGUCUUGUGGUUCGACUAAAGGGCAGGAGUGGUUGCCUUGCUGAAUGCCUGACUGUAGGAAGUGAUCACUUCGCUCUGGCUCUGUGACUUGCCGCACCUAUUAGGGGUCCCAGAAAGUCCUGCCGAACGCGACGACCACACUCCGUUAACUGCCCUGACUGGCAGGCAGACUUAGACAAUGUUCACACGGAGUUUGGUGUGUAGUCUGCCUCUGUCAGCCGUCCCGUCGCACCCUGUGGACGUAGGCUUCACAUCAGUUCGGUCGUCAAGCUCAAGUUUCCUUCCAGUCGCUUUGACUUGUCCAUGCGGCUGAAUCGGGAUGGCAUUUGGAAGUCCGUGGAUCCGGCCCCGCGUAUGUCGCCACUGACACCGAGCUGGCGGCGGUUGUUCUCGUCGAGUUCAGCAACGAACUCUGGGGCCCCUAAAACGGGCCACGUGGUAGAUGUACUGGAUUAACUUAGGGGCUAGAUCGGGGUCCGACAAGCGUUAUCAGAAAUGCACAUAAUAAAUGCCAUGUUUGGUGGCACGCCCAUGUGCAGGUCCACUCCGCGCCCGUUGGGGUACGUUCCUUUCCCCCAUUUUUGUUGUGGUAUAACAUCCUGGUCAGUGUCUGUUGUGAACUUGGGGGCGUGUAGUGGCACGUCUAGGUAUAGGUUUUUGCCAUGCCAGGCACCUGCGGCCUCUCCCGCCUUCAGUCUUCUGUGUACUGUCUUGGCACCGGAUCCAGGUGGGGAGGGAGGAGGGGAGAGUGCGGCAGAUGCUGUGCAAGUCCACUAUCAGUAAAAAAUUAGUCCACGCACAAUUCACCGUCCCUGCUUUCGCCCUGUUCUGGAGCUCACGGUGGACAUAGUAGGCAACGACGGUCGAACUGUGUCUUACCAUAUUUGUCCCAUCGCAUCCCUCAAAGGCUCCUUCCUGUCAUUACGCGCUUCUCCCUUGUGAUUGCUAGGUUUCGAGGACGACAUGCGCGUCGAACGGUAACUAGACAGGAGGUGGUCAUGGAACUGCGACAGCCUGAUCUACCUGGUGCCCCGCCUCCAGUAGCUGACAGACAGCAGUUCUUUGAACUCAGCGACCCGCCAGUCCUCUCAGCCAGCGGCUAUGACCUCGAUGUGACCGCGCCGGCUGCUGAUGGUUUGGUCAUCAAUGGCAACCCGGUCGGCACCACCUAUAACCUCAGGAAAAAGCCCCCAAAGUGUCAUACGAACACCGGUGAUGACUUUUACAAUUCUUCCCUGGUUGACUUCAUGGCAUACGUAAGUUUUUUGAGUUUGUCACUGCCAUUUCAUCGCACCUAUUGUUAAGUGUAGAGCGUAUUUGCACUGUGGGCCACAGUAACAGCAAUCAGCUGUCGGCUUAAGUCCAUGCCACCAGCCUGCUUUCUUAGGCGGCCAGCUAGGCAAAAAAUACUGAUGAUCGGAAACCUUAUCAUCCUUUCCAUCCUCUCUUUGACCCCAGUGCUUCGAAGGUCGCCAGCGACGUCUACCCCGGAAGUGCGCGCAGCACCAGUGACUAGCUUUUUUUAGUGAGGCAGCCUUCCGCAAGACCACCCACCGCACCCUGCGCUCUCAUCGACUUUGGCAAUGCCAACACGACCGGCGGUGGGCACGGUCACACUGUCCAGCCAAGCUAAACGGUCUGUAACGUCCCCGUCUAACGCGAGUAUAUUAGUCAACGAGGCCCAACAGGAUAAGACGGACUAGUCAUUAUUUUACUGAAAGACCUAUGUACUAAAAGAAACUAAGGGAUGAGUCUUAAUUACAAAAAUAAACUGAAUCUGGGUGGGGGAUUGUCCACAGGGGCGAUUUGGAGCACUGGGAUCCACCGGAGAAGGCGACAGUGGUUCCUCGUCCGGAGAGCGGCGAUCGGCCGCGGGGUUGUCGGAGGUUAGUCCUCGCCCGUAUUUAUAGCUUCUCCAGAACGGAAGUCGCCAAGGCUGAGUCCGCCAUUGUUGAUUGGUUGACGGUAGGUCGAGGGUGGAAAGUUAAACAAACUUAGGGCAGUGCUAUUGCGCCUAAUUUUAGGGUUAUAAUUUAUUAUAUGCAUGCUUUUUGUGAGAGGCCAAAUUGCGACUAAGUGCCUGGCAUAUAAAUAUUGAAAAGUUCGGCGCGCGCGCCCCUUUAGGGGGCGCGCUUUCUAGAACCUUCCCCAAGAUGGCGGCUGCACGUGGUCUGGCAUUGUAGAACUUCCUACAGCGCGUGGCACACACGACCUAGUCCCCAACUGCCUGUGCCAGACUCUUGUGAGGACGACCUGAGUCUCACAUGACUGAAAGUGCAUAAAGGUCACAUUGAAAAGAGGCCAUGACGCAGUCCUUCAGGCCCCUCACAGUGAGGACCGAGUUUUCGCGUCAGUUGACAUCCCUCCAACCCACAAGUCUUGGCGCGUCAGGUUUUUUAGGGUCGGCCCCGAACUCUCGUCCUUGUUCCCAUGUGCACCAUUUGAUUGUCCGAGUAUCUUAACCAACUGGCGACUGGAUUGGGCGCAGUGGCUGACUCGACGUGGACGUCUGCCUGUAGGGUGUGCCACCACACGCAUGCACGCGCCCGUUGGGGGGGGGGCAUUUCUGUGGCUGACUGAAUAUCACUCAAUCCUCCUACCGUCCCACAAAUCUGAUUUUCGUCGUAGCCAAGGCGGUAGAACAAAAACCGACCUGCGUUUCUUUUUGGAGGAGAUCCGGUAGUUCAUCUCUGUCGCAGGAGAUGAGUGCAGCGACUUGCGCAUGUGUCUUUUGAUUGGAAAGAAAACUGAUGCAACGUACGGCUCCUGGAAUUUCCAAGCGGGAUGUUUCGAUGUUUGAAAGAUAACUGACCAGCUCAACUUUUUUGCUUUUGAGACCUGAGACACGAAAACCGCCUUCAAGCAGGGAGUGUCACAGGGCCGGGUUUUGUCGUCGAUGCAGAGGUGCAAGGAGGAGAGCACUUGUGUUGGCCUUUCACGAUAUGUCCCUAGACCCGGCCCAUGGGCCAGUAGAGGCUACAAUGACGACUGUUACAGCGCGAAAAUAAUAGUAAAAAUUGGGACUUUCAACACCAAAAUGCGAAAUUAACCUCCUCCCCGUAAGUACCCACUCGGCCGUGGCUACCCAGACAUUUUACUCCAUGUUGCACAGGUCGAUCCCACAACUGCCGCGAACAAGGUUUCUUUGGAUCACUUCCAGAAACCGAAUGCUAGCCGCUUAUGCAGGCCCCAGCCUUGCGCUCUGCCUGUUGUUGCAACUUGCUGGUCGCUGUUUGUGGGCCGAGACAACUGUUUGAAGUGACAACCCAACUGUUUGCUAACGCAAUCGUUUUCUACGACCUCGCAGAUCCAUUCGGGGUGGAACCUUGCGAAAACUUCUUAACCACCUUUGCUGCUUUCGUGCUUAGCGUGUCUGGGAAGAAGCUUUCCGGCACUGCAACUUCCUCCUGUCUAAUUGGCCAACAAGGCCGAUCAGGUUGGGUAUCAAAUACAAGUAGUCAGCAUAGUCAGGAUGCGUACUGUACUGCUGUCGCCUCCGGGUCGAAAGGCCGAUGUUUGGAAGCCUAGUCUGUUGUGUUACCUAAUACACCGUCAUUAUUCCACCUAAUCAUAUCAGCCCCACGUUUCACUUUCAUAGCCCUUCGGUAAUCUUGCAUCUCCGUUUAUUCCCAUGGCUGUGUCCCUUGAUAACUUCUUUCUCCUUACUGACCUGCGGACUCAUAUAGUGGUUCAAAGUGUCCCCUCAUGUUCUCGAUUUUUACCACAGCAGGACCCCGCAGAUUCUAGGAGCUUUGAGGACGCCUCUGCGCACUUUACUGCUGAUGUCGAGGAGAAUCAGGCAUUCGAUAGGAGGUUCAGUCUUCCUACUACCGCAGCGAGUGUUCCCGUUUCUCGUGAACCCAACCCAGUCCAGUCAAGUGACGCCGAGCAGGGAUUCACUUGUCGCCUUUGUGGUCGUUGCUUUUCCAAAGUAAAGAGUCGCAAUGCGCACAUGAAGUCACACUCAGACCGAUCACGAGCUGCCGUUUGA